AAGAUUAUACAUUUCGUUUUCUCUCCUUUCCAAACAUUCUGUAAGACAAGUAAACAGGGUAGAGCUAAAAAAGACAAAAAAAAGAACAAGUAAGGUUAGAAACAUAGAUACAAACAGAGAUUGAAAAGGGAAUGAGUGUCAUGAAAGUAUGUUUUAAUUUUACUUGUGGGAUUUUGUAGUGAAGGCAAAGAAAAAAUCAUAUGACUGUUCCUCAACUACCCUUCCCUGCAGUUCCUCUACCUCUCUAUUUCUUUUCUUCUUUGUUCUUUCACAACAGCAGGCAACUCAUUCCCUUCACUAGUUGUUGCAUUACUAAAAAAACAAAACUCUUACAAAAAAGGAAUAUUAUUUUCUCUUUUUUUUUCUUGGGGGGGGGGGGUGUUUCUUUAUUUGUUUUCUCUUUGUGUUUGGAAAUUGUGAAACUUUUUUUCUUUGUUUAGCUGUUUCCUAUGGAAACUACUCCAGUUUCUGAGGAUUGUUGUGUUAAGGUUGCUGUUCAUGUAAGACCACUUAUUGUUGAUGAAAAGCUUCAAGGCUGUAAUGAUUGUGUUACUGUUACCCCAGGGAAACCUCAGGUUCAAAUUGGGACACAUUCCUUUACAUUUGAUCAUGUCUACGGUAGCACCAUGGGUUCACCGGCAUCUUCCAUGUUCGAUGAAUGUAUUGUUCCACUUGUUAAUGGUUUGUUCCAAGGAUAUAAUGCUACUGUUCUUGCUUAUGGUCAGACUGGAUCAGGUAAAACAUAUACUAUGGGAACAGGUUUCAAAGAUAGUUGUCAUAUAGGAAUCACUCCACAAGUAAUGAAUGCUUUGUUCAACAAGAUUGAUAGUCUAAAACAUCAAAUCCAGUUCCAAUUACAUGUUUCCUUCAUUGAGAUUUUGAAAGAAGAAGUGCAUGAUUUGUUGGAUCCGACGUCUCCGAACAAAUCAGAUACUGCGAGCACGGGAAAAGUACAUGUCCCCGGAAAACCACCUAUUCAGAUUCGUGAAUCAUCGAAUGGCGUUAUUACAUUAGCAGGAUCUACUGAAGUUAGUGUUACUACAUUAAAAGAAAUGGCAGCUUGCUUAGAGCAAGGAUCGUUGAGUCGAGCAACCGGGAGUACGAACAUGAACAACCAAUCAAGUCGCUCGCAUGCAAUCUUCAUCAUCACGUUACAGCAAAUGCCUAUUACCGGAGAUGGAAGUACUAAUGACGUUAUGAAUGAAGAAUAUCUUUGUGCCAAGUUACAUUUAGUAGACCUCGCUGGUUCGGAACGAGCAAAAAGAACAGGUUCUGAUGGUAUGCGUUUUAAAGAAGGAGUUCAUAUCAACAAGGGCUUGCUUGCACUUGGUAAUGUCAUUAGUGCACUUGGUGACGAAAAAAAACGCAAAGAAGGUAUUCACGUUCCAUAUCGAGAUAGUAAACUCACUCGGCUUUUGCAGGAUUCACUUGGUGGCAACAACAGAACUGUCAUGAUAGCCUGCAUUAGUCCGGCCGAUAGCAAUGCCGAGGAAACUCUUAAUACUUUGAAGUAUGCAAAUCGAGUUCGUAAUAUCCAAAACAAGCCUGUUGUUAACCGAGAUCCUAUGUCCAACGAGAUGCUAAAAAUGCGUCAACAAUUACAGUAUCUGCAAGCCGAACUUUGUGCUCGUGGGGAUUCCGAUGAAGUGCAGGUUCUCGAGGAAAGAAUUGCUUGGCUUGAAGCUACUAAUGAGGAUCUUUGCCAAAAACUUCAUGAGUACCGCAAAAAAUGCAACAUUACGGAGCAAUGUGAAAUAGAUUCGAGAAACUUUGAUGAAGAGGCAGCUAAAGAAUGGGAGCACAAACUUCUACCGAACACGAUGGACAAAGAGUUACACAAGUUGAAUAGACGUCUCGAGGAGAAAGAGUCCGAGAUGAAACUUUUCAGAGGCGACACGGUUGCACUCAAGCAGCAUUUUGGGAAGAAAAUUCAGGAACUAGAAGAUGAGAAAAGAGCUGUGCAGCAAGAACGAGAUCGUUUACUGGCUGAAAUUGAAAAUCUUUCUGCCGGUUCUGAAGGACAAAAACAAAGAGUGCAGGACAUACAUGCUCAAAAACUGAAGUCCCUUGAAGCACAGAUUCUGGAUUUUAAGAGAAAACAAGAGAACCAAGUUCAAGUUUUAAAGCUGAAACAUAAGAGCGAUGAAGCAACAAAACAACUGCAAGAUGAAAUUCAAUUCAUAAAGGCACAAAAGGUUCAGUUACAACAUAGGAUAAAACAAGAGGCCGAACAAUUCCGUCAAUGGAAAGCUUGUAGAGAAAAAGAACUAUUGCAGUUGCGAAAAGAGGGCUGGAGAAAUGAGUAUGAAAGACACAAGCUGCAAGCUAUAAACCAACGGCAGAAAAUGUUUCUCCAAAGAAAAACCGAGGAGGCAGCCAUGGCUACCAAGAGACUAAAAGAGUUGCUCAAAGCUCGUAAAUCAUCUGCCCAAGAUAACUCAGGUAUGCUUUUGCAGACAAAUGAGAAAGCAUUACAACAAUGGCUAGAACACGAAUUAGAAGUGGUGGUGAAUGUACAUGAAGUUCGGUCUGAGUACGAGAGUCAAAGCCAAGUUCGAGCUGCAAUGGCGGAAGAGUUAGCUGUUUUGAAGAACAGAUUUGCAAGGGCAUCCUCAAUGACACUAAAUGCAAGAAUGACUAGAAUAGCUUCACUUGAGAAUAUGCUUAACAUAUCAUCGGAUUCACUUAUAGCAAUGGCUUCACAACUUUCGGAAGCAGAAGAACGAGAGCGUUCUUUAACUAACCGUGGGCGUUGGAAUCAGUUGCGGUCCAUGGGAGAUGCAAAGAACUUACUUCAAUACAUGUUUAAUUCUCUUGGUGAUGCAAGAUGCCAAUUAUGGGAAAAAGACAUGGAAAUCAAGGAAAUGAAAGAACAGCUUAAAGAACUUGUAAGUCAGUUGCGACAAAGCGAGUUACAACGAGAAGAUGUAGAGAAUGAGCUAAAAUUAAGAGAGCAAGCUGUCGCCAUUGCAUUGGCUACAUCACCGAAUUCAUUGAAGCACAUCGCUGAUGACAUGAAUGGCUCGUUGUCUCCAAUGUCUGUGCCAGUACAGAAACAGCUGAAAUAUAGCCCUGGUAUAGUAAACGUCCCAGUCAGAGAGUUGGUGUCGUUCAUAGAUCAAACACGAAAGAUGGUACCACUCAGUCAAUUACCAAUGAAAAAGUUAGUCGCCAUAGGACGACCCGGUAAUGGAAAACUAUGGAGGUGGAAAAGAUGGCAUAACAAAUGGCACGUACAAUACAAAUGGAAAUGGCAAAAGCCCUGGAGACUCUCAGAAUGGAUUAGGCACAGUGACGAAAACAUUAUAAAGGCAAAGCCUCGUUCACGAAGUUUUCUGUACUGAGUUCGAUAUUCCAUGGUACGAGAUUAUAUCGGCCGUAUUAAUCUUUGAUUUCUGGCCACGGUGCAGUGGAACCUAGGAAAAACUGCAGGUAAUUUUUUUCCUUAGUACGAUAGCUUAUUAGAAUCAUGAUCUUUUUCUCUUUGUUGAUGCAGUGUAUCGGAACUGGCUAAUAGGAAUCUACAUACACCGUAUCAGUAUAGUUGAUUUUGAAAAUAUCAACACUAUAGGUUUGUCAUCUUCAAAUAUAAAUAGUUUAUUUUUUCUUGCUUGUAAAGAAGUGCCGAUGUUGCCGAUGACAACGGUGUGCCGAGUUCGUUGACAUGGUUUCAGUGUUGAUGCUUAAGCAAAAAUAUAAGGGAUAUAGUCCCUUCAGCUGUCUCAAAGGUUUUGGCUUAUUGCUCAUCAGUAACAUACACAUUGAGAGAAGAAAGUCAUGAAUAAUUUGUAUGAAAGAUGCAGUACAAUAAGUAUUUUUCCUUUUUAGUUCUCCAGUUUUUACCAAUGUGUAAAUUUUUAAUGUUCAUAUGUUUCAGCUUCUUAUGGUUAUAAAUGGAAAAGUCUUUAGCUCUUCA